ACGGCCCUCGCGUCUUUCGAUUCUCGAAGAGCAGCUCCUGCCGAGAGCAUUCUCCUUGGCCGCAAACACACCCCGCACACACCCCCUGCAACUUGUGAAGAUAGAGGCACCUUUCGUACAGGUAAGCCAAGUCAUCCGGCGCAUAAUUCCUCUUCUAGAGCCGUCACGUACGCCUGAAGGUUGUACCGCGGGCGGCAAUCGUCACGCCCAUCGUCAAAUUCCCACCUUGGCGCUGGGAACUGGGGCUUCGGGCGUUGAGCUGGGAAGGGGAUCCCUUCGGCUAUUCCGUUGGAUUAGACCGUGUCCGUCUGAAGCUUUAAAGUGGAGUAUAUACUCAACAUCGUGACGGCUUCCUCGAUUAUAGGACAAACCACUUGUCGCUUCAAUAUCACAACGUCAUCACCAUCGUCACUGAAGAAUCGCAACCAUGCCGGCCUACCACUCCUCCUUCAACGACAACACGCAAUACCGCCAAAUAGGGAACAUUGCGCUUUUGCCCAUCAAAACAAAGAUUCGCGGGCCCGCUCCUCCUGCUGCCGACCCACAAGCCGACGACAUCGUCGACGAAGCCAUCGCUCUAUUCCGCGCCAACUGCUUCUUCCGCAACUUCGAGAUCAAAGGCAACGGCGACCGCGUCCUCAUCUACCUCCUCCUGUUCAUCCAGGAAUGUCUCGGCAAGCUGCAAAAGAACCCGUCCGCCACCGAGGGCCAGCGUACCCUCCUCACCCAUGCAUUGCAGAACUUUGCGGUGCCGGGCGAGCCCCAGUUUCCGCUAAAUGCUAUGUAUGAGAAGCCCGGGAGUCGUGCUGAUAUUGACAAUCUGAAACAAUACCUAAGCCAACUCCGCCAAGAAACCGUCACUCGUCUGUUACCAAAAGUGUACGACGGCGACCGUCCGAGCAAAUGGUGGAUGUGCUUCUCGAAGCGAAAGUUUAUGGGGCUGCCCAACAUCGGGACGUUGGCAUAGAGUGGCAGAUACACGUUGAUUGAGGAGGUGGGAGGGGCAGCAGGGCAUUGUGAGCCCCCUUCGUUCAGUGCUGUGGCAUUUUUCGGUUUUGUUGGAACUUGAUCUUGGCUUAUGACAAAUACAAACUCAAUAUGGCGUUAUUGCGUUCCGGAUUGUUGAGAAGCGGUGCGCUCCGCCAACUCGAGGCCAUAGUAAAAUUAUCGCCUCGCUCCGAACGUUUGUAGCGGUUCUUGACCAUAACCAACUCCUUCAGCGCGAAAUAACUUAGAGGUGCUCCGGGGAUCUUGCGACGUG